AUGUCAUUUGGGAAGAGCAAAAGGCUGCCAUCGUUGCAGAGCUCUACCGGGAAUCUCAGUGCUAUCACUGGUCGCAGCGGUCGAAGCAGCCGUCCAGCGUCAGCUGGCUCUGCCAGAACAACUGCGAGGAGUGAUGCAGGUGGGGUCAGAGGAGCGCUGCGAGUAACUUCGCGACAGCCACAGAAACUGGAGCUCACGCGUCCACCACCGGUGCAUGUGUGGAACUUCCUGGAGAAGACCAGCUUCAUUCAAUGGAAUGAUCGCUGGUGCACGCAAGUCACAGAGACGGAGUUGGCUGCGCCAGCAUGUUCUCUGCCAGCAUCCCUUGUGGACAUCCUGCAAGCUAUUUGGCGAGACUCAGUCGCUCGUGGCCGGCGCUUUGUUUGCAUUCUGGAAACCUGCCAUGACUGCGAAGAUCACAAGCGGACGACCAAACACAAGGUGGAAAAGUACCAAAGUUUGGCUGGACAGGUGAGCGAGUUGGUGGCCAAGGAGUUUUCAUUCAUGGCCGUGGAACAGCUGCAUUUGAGCCAUCACUACCGGUCAAAGCGGGUGCCGCGGCGACUGGGCGCUUUCGAAGCCUAUGUGGUGGCACCAGAUGGCCCACACAAUGACAAGUCAUGCGUGAUUUCCUUGGUUCACUCCAAGCUCACGACCUUGAAUUGGCCGCACUUGGUGCAGCUCCAGAAGCGAAUUGUGUCUGCUUUGCCAGGUAUUGUAGAGCGUAUUUUGCAGAUUCGCUCGAGGAACAACUGGAGUGUAGCAGAAAGCCAAGCGGUCAUGAAGGAGGCAGAGUUGUGGGGCUUAGCCCGCUGGGAUGCUUUGGAUGGUCUUGCGGACCAAGUCUCUUCUGCGAAUCGUGUGCUAGAAUCUGGGCAGCAAGCAGCACAGCGCCAGGACAAAGAGGCCCUACGAGAGGCCAUUCACGAGUGCCACGAGUUGCAGCUGGCUGAUGAUCUCAUAGGAGGCUGGAUGGACGAUCUCAAGAAGAAGAACAUGGCAUUGUUCAGCAUUAAGAGCCAAGCCAAACGCUUCCAACGCAAUGCUUUCUUUGCCGCUGCCUCGCGUGUCUUGGUGGGCGCCCAAGAGCCGCCACUGCGGAAGGCAAAGCUCCAGGCAGCCAUUGCCAAGGCAGAAAAGGCUGAACUGCCAGAGGAAGACAUUGCUGCAGCAGCUGGGCUGCUGUCUAGCGUAGAGGAUGCCAUUUCAAGGGUGACCACAGCUUUAGAGAGUCGGAACCUCUUGAAGAUGGCAUGCAGCCUGGAUGAUGCAGAAGAGCUUGAUAUCCAGGAGGAUGUUUUGAACGAAGCCCAAGGUUUGCUCAGCGCUUUGGCGCAGCAAAGCAGCCGUGCUGCAGAGCAGCGGGACCUGGUCGAGUUGCAAGCAAUCUUAGGAGCAUGGCAGAUAGAUGAUGAUGGUGAUGAUGCUUCAUCCGGCCGAACUGCCUCAGGUCCUGAAUAUCAGGCAAUACUGAAAGCUGAAAAGGUUCGCGAUAGCUUGAAAAAACAAGUGGAGGAGGCUGAGAGGCGCUUUGAGGGGCAGCGGUGGGAUGCGCUGCAGAAGGCAGUUGAGAGGCUGCAAGAUGCCAAUAUCCAGGAGGAUCUAUGGGAGCGGUGGACAUCUGCACUCAAGCGUGAGAAGCAAUGGAGUGUCCUACAUGCUGUGAGCGGUGCAGCAGUGCAGCUUAAACGGCAGCUCUACACACGGCGCCUGGAGGCAGUGCUACAAGCUGAGCAGGUUUCUCUGACCCAGCUGGAAGAGGCUGCAGAUGCUGCAGAAACUCGCCAGGUCAAUGGGAACUUGGUGGCCAAGGCUCGUGCUGAGGCUGCUGCAGUACGGCAGCGCUGGAAGGACGCCCAGGAUGCCAUGGACAAGAAGCUUGUGGAUAGAGCAGACGUGAUGGCGUGUUCAGCCGAGCACUCCGCCACACAACUCUUUCGCGGCGCCGAGCAGCGUGCCAACGAACUCCAGCUGAGGGAGCUGCGGCAGGAGGUCAAUGACAUUCUCAACAGCCUCAAAGACCCCACUGCACAACUUCCUCCAAGUGAAGCAAAGGCGGAACUGCAGCGAUGCGCCCAACUCGUGAGGGAGAUGCUGAAGCUCGGCUGGGAGAUGACCCCAGCACGCAAUGCUCGCCUUUUGCUGGCACUGGGUAAGGCUAAAGCCGAAGGUAGCCGAGAAGUGAGCCUUGCACGCUUCAAUGCAGCUCUGUUGCAGGUCAUGGAAGGUUCGCCUCAAGUUAUCUUCAUUCUGGAUGCAUCCGGAGCGACUGAUCAGUGUGAAGAUGAGCUCCGAAGUGCUGCUGAGAGUUUGGCGACCUGCAUCAGCCGAAACACCACUGGUGCCUCCUGGUCCGUCAUUGCAUACAGCCCGGUCCGAGUGGUACAGGAGAUGACCACGGAGCUUCCUUCGCUGCGUGCCUCCUUGGCCAAAUGCAAAGGGGGCAAGGCCCAGACGGCCCAGACGGCAAUGGCAUUUCGCGAAGCCAAGAAGUUGAUGAAGUCGGACCACCAGCUCAAGGGCGAUCGGGAUGCGCCACUGGUUUUUCACUUUGCCUUGGCACCUGACCACUCCAAGGAUACCCAAAAAGCGCUCAAAGUCUUGGAUGCCUUACAAGUGACUGUGCUGGGUUUGGGUGUGGGCAGUGUGAAGGCGCAUUUGAAGCUGAUUGUGCAUUUAGAGGCACAAAUGCAUGCUGUGCGAGGUCUUGAAUGA